GUUCUUUUUCUCAAAAACUGGAACAGAGUCUCUCUCUCUCACAGCACUUCUGUAGUUAGACGAUUCGGUAAUACAAUGUCAGAGACGGAGGAUGAGAAGUUGUUGAAGGAGGCUAAGGAACUGCCGUGGGACGUUCGACUGUUCCACAAGAACUGGAAGGUGAGGAACGACGCUAACAUCGACCUCGCAGCCCUCUGCAAUUCCAUCACGGAUCCCGAGGAUCCCCGCCUAUGCGAAUUCGGGCUGUUCUUUAAGAACACGAUUGCGGAUUCGAACCCGUCAGUGCAGGAGAGGGCUCUUGACGCGCUGAUUGCGUACUUGAAAGUUGCCGAUGCAGAUUCUGCGGAAAGAUAUGCGAAAGAAGUGUGUGAUGUAAUUGCAGCAAAAUGCCUGACUGGUAGACCCAGGACGGUCGAGAAGUUGCAGAUGGUGUUUAUGCUUCUCAUAGAGUUGGAGUCUGUAGACGUUGUCUUGGAUGCUAUGGAGAAAGCUGUUAUGAAAAAGGUUGCUAAAGCAGUUGUUCCAGCCAUUGAUAUCAUUUUGCUAGCUUUAAGUGAAUUUGGGGUGAAGAUAGUGCCCCCUAAAAGAAUAUUAAAGCUGUUGCCGGAACUCUUUGUCCACCGAGAUCAAAAUGUUCGUGCUUCAUCCAAAGGAUUAACACUUGAGCUGUGUCGUUGGAUUGGAAAAGAAACAGUGAAAUCAGUAUUGUUUGGGAAAAUGCCGAAGACAAUGAAAAAAGAGUUGGAGGCUGAGCUUGUCAGUGUCUCUAGGAUAGCUAGACCAUCUCGCAAAAUAAGAUCCGAGAAAAACAAGGAGCCAGAGGAAGAAGGUGUAGGCUUUGGUCCUUCUGAAGAAUCUGUCACAGAUGCUCCUCAAGAAAUUGAAUGUGUUGAAUCUGUUGAUCCUGUGGUUGUAUUGACUUUGGAGAAGGCAGGGUUGGGGGAUGGAGUGAAAGCUGCCAAGUGGUCAGAGCAAAAGGUAUCUGCGUCCAAACGUACCAAACUCAAUUCACAGUUAUGCAUGGCUCCUGAUUAUAUUGCAAAAAUCCGCCAGUCACUUAAGAAGUGCCUCAGUGAUGAGACUCCAGAAGUGAGGGAUGCAGCAUUUGCUAGUUUGGAAGCAAUGGAUAAGUGGGUUGGUGCGGGACCGUCAGAGGAAUCGUUGGAGAAACUUGAUGAUGUUAGAUGGAAGAAUUUUCCGGAAAUGAAUGAUUAUAGUCGUGGUACAGUAUGUACAAGCUCAGAGUCUUAUAUUUACCAGGAUGUAUCAGUUACAUUUCAAAAUUCAGGUGGAAGAAACAAUAAUAUGCUGGGUUUGAAUCUUGCUUCGAUACGAAUCUUGAAUGAGCUGAAAUUACUUCGAAAAGAUCGUCUGAUGAACUGCAGUGCAGAUCGAGUUUCUGAAAACAUCUUUCAUUGGAAAGCAAGAAUCAUGGGUGAUCCAGACAGUCCUUAUGCUGGUGGAGAGUUUCUAGUUGACAUCCAUUUCCCUCUUAAUUAUCCAUUUGUUCCACCUAAGGUUGCAUUUGAGACAAAGGUUUUUCACCCUAACAUAGACAUCACUGGCGACAUUUAUCUUGGUAUUUUGGAGCAGUGGAACUGGAGUCCAGCCGUUACUAUGACCGAGGUGUUGCGCUCCAUUUGCACUCUGUUAAGAAACCCGGAUCCUGCUUACUUUUUCGUGCCGAAGAUUGCUGAAAUGUACAACACAGAAAGGAGCAAGUAUGAGAAAACUGCCAGGAGCUGGACCCUGAUGUAUGCCAUGGGUUAAGGUGCUGCUAUGUGUAACCGGAGAGAGGGUUUGUUCUUUUAGCUAUGAUGUAUGAUUCAAGUGUGUGAUCUUGUUUGUCUUGUCGUUAGCAGUAUUUGAUCUCUCUUCCCAAUCCACCACCUUGACCGAAUUAAACAAAAAACUUGAAGUUCCGUUAAUGGAGUGGCAGGGGAGUUGAUAGAAGUCUUAAACCUGAAGAUUGAUUAGACUGACUCGUUUGUAGAGCUGACAAAUGAAUCAAACAGUUCAGUUUAAGUUUAAGCUUCUGUUCAAUUUGUUAAAA